AUGGGUUCUGUUUUCCAGUUUGGCAGCAGCGCUACAAAUUUCAACUUCACAAACAAUAAUCCAUCAGGAGUGUUCACGUUCGGUGCAAGUGCCAGCACACCUGCAGCCUCAGCCCAGCCCUCUGGCUCGGGGGGCUUUCAAUUUAGCCAGUCUCCAGCGGCAUUUACUAUGGGGUCAAAUGGGAAAAACUCAUUCUCUUCUUCUGGAACUUCAGUUUCUGGUCGCAAGAUAAAGACUGCUACUGUCUUUGGAACACUUUCUCCUUCACUUGGGAAUUUUUCAGUUCUUAAAACAAGUCAGUUUGGAGAUUCUCCUUUUUAUCCUGGAAAAACGACAUAUGGUGGGGCAGCAGCUGCUGUAAGACAGUCUAAACUACAAAACACACCCUAUCAGGCACCAGUCAGAAGACAGAUGAAAGCUAAGCAACUGAACACACAAUCCUAUGGUGUGACUAGUUUAACAGCUCGGAGGAUACUGCAGUCUUUAGAGAAGAUGUCAAGCCCUCUACUGGAUGCAAAAAGAAUUUCAUCUGUUUUUUCUUCUCUGAAUUCCCCUCUUGAUAGGAGUGGGAUAGACACCACCACAGAUUUUCAGGCCAGAAGGGAAAAGGUGGACUCUCAGCCACCCCCUGUUCAGAGACUCAUGAUUCCGAAGCCAGUUUCCAGAGCAGCAAAUCGAGCUGUUUACUUUAAACCAGCUCGGACCCCGUCUGGUGAAUUAAGGAGGACUAGUCAAAGAAUAGGUAAAAAGCGCAGUACUGGAUAUGAAAGCAACAUGACACCAGGGCAAAGUAGAGAACAACGAGAAAGCGGCUCUUCUUACCCAGAUUGCAGUGUGUCUGCAGCCAAUGGUUUGUCUUCCGGAGGAGGUGGUGGAGGUGGGAAGAUGAGGCGAGAGAGGACGCGCUUUGUGGCAUCUGAACCUCAAGAGGAGGAGGGAACGGAAGUCCCGGUAUUACCGAAAAACUCUCUACCCAUCACCGGUUCUUCAGUGCCUACCUUCAGUUUUAGUUCUUCUGUGAUCACAACUUCCUCUCCGUCACCCACUAGUCCUUCACAAUCAUUAACAAACCAGGUACAAAUGACCUCUCCAAACAGCACUGGCAGCCCCUUGUUCAGAUUUUCAUGUCCAAUCAUAAAAUCUACUGAGGCAGAUGUACUACCUCCCUCAUCUAUCCUAAAAGUUGCAAGUUUUUAUGUCCCACAAUUGGAUUUACAUUUAGUGUGCCCUUCUUCAGCUCCAUUUCAGUUUGGGGUGUCUAGUCUUGGGCAGCAAGAAAAGAAAGAAGAACCGCCUAAAGCUCCAUCUGCAGCCUUUAGCUUCGAUUCAGGUGUCAUUAACCCUCCCCCUGCUGCUGCUGACACCACAGCGACCUCUGAGAGCCAGAGCAGCUUCAGCUUUGGAACCACGGACACCAAGAGCGCCUCAGUGGCUCCUUUCACGUGUCAGACGUCAGAAGCAAAAAAAGAAGAAUCCCCUGCCUCCAAAGGAGGGUUCACUUUUGGCAGCGCGGAGCCUGCCCCCCUGCCACCUGCCUCGUUUGCUCUGGGAAGGACAGAAGAGAAACAGCAAGAGCCUGUCACGUCUACAUCUCUAGUGUUGGGGAAAAAAGCCGACAGUGGAGAGCCAAAGCGUCCACCAGUGUUUUCCUUUGGGAACUCAGAGCAAACCAAAGACGAGGGUUCUUCCAAGUCAACCUUUAGUUUCAGUUUGGCAAAACCACCUGAGAAGGAAUCUGAACAGCCAACGAAGGCCACUUUUGCUUUUGGAGCUCGAACCAGUACUACGGCUGAUCAAGGUACAGCAAAGCCAGUUUUUAGUUUCUUGAACAACAGUUCCUCUAAUUCAAGUACACCAGCCACUUCAGCUGCUGGUGGCAUAUUUGGUAGUUCCACCGCGUCCUCCAGCGCGCCUGCGGCUGCCUCUGUGUUUGGACAGGCCAGCAGUCCUGUGAGCAGCUCUGCCUUUGGGGACUCUGCCGAAUCCGGUACAUCUCAGUCUUUGCUGUUUUCUCGAGAGAGCAAACCAGCAACCACGUCGAGCGCGGGCACAGCUGUCGCCCCAUUUGUCUUUGGUCCGGGUGCCAGCAGCAGUGACACUGCCGCCUCUGGUUUCAGCUUUGGAGCUCCCACCACAUCGAGUUCUGCAGGACCCUCCUUUGUAUUUGGCACUGGACCUUCGGCACCAUCUGCCAGUCCAGCGUUCGGUGCUAACCAGACCCCAACGUUUGCACAAAGUCAGGGUGCCAGCCAGCCUAACCCCCCACGCUUUGGAUCUGUAUCAUCUUCAGCUGCACUGUUUUCUGCUGCUUCUCAGCCUGCGCCACCUACUUUUGGGACAGUGUCAAGCAGUAGCCAGCCUCCCGUGUUUGGACAGCAGCCUGGUCAGUCUGCAUUUGGCUCUGGGACAGCUCCUAAUUCCAGUUCUGUUUUCCAGUUUGGCAGCAGCGCUACAAAUCUCAACUUCACAAAAAAUAAUGCAUCAGGAGUGUUCACGAUCGGUGCAAAUGCCAGCACACCUUCAGCCUCAGCCCAGCCCUCUGGCUCGAGGGGCUUUCAGUUUAGCCAGUCUCCAUCGGCGUUUACUGUGUGGUCAAGUGGGAAAAACUCAUUCUCUUCUUCUGCAACUUCAGUUUCUGGUCGCAAGAUAAAGACUGCUGUUAGAUGCAGGAAAUAAAGGUCUUGAUGGUGUUCUAUACACUGUUUAAACAACAGCUGGUGCCCUACUUUCAGAUUCUGGAUUGUACUAUGUGCUGGGUUAUCUGAAGUCAGAUCUUUAAUUUUGGAAUUUUCCUCCUUUUUUCUUUACAGAAGCCCCAACUUCACCUCUCCCACUCCCUUUCAAAAAAAUAAUAGCUAGACUGGUGACUGAUUCUUCAGCAAAAAUGUUUUAUGAUCCAGCAAAUUAUUCACUGGUUUGACACAGGCUGGCUGAACCCAGGAAUCAAGCCCGCUCAAGAGAAUGGCUUUGUACACAACCUCUUUGUCUGCACCACCAUGUGCCUUGAUAUGCGUUUUAGGGAACGCAUUGAAAUUGUAAUUAUAUCUGAGGAAAUCUGUAUAGAUUAGAGGAUGUUGAAAUAAAUGGUUUCUAUGCUGAGUUUGUGCUGGUGUAUGUGUGAAGUGAGUUGGGUGUAUUGUGCACUAAACUUUUCUGACAGAGGAAGCCUGAUUAAAGAAUGGUCCAUGCUAAGGACUUGUUAGAUCUAGUUCGUUCUCCAUUUAAUAAUUAUAUGCUAUUUCUAUACUGGCAUUCUUCUGACUAUCACCUGUCUUGCCUUUUUCAUUAUUUUAUUAUGAAACUUGUGUAAAUACAGUUUUGUUUCUGUACUUUUUUGGCAUAACAUAAAUCUGUGAACUUGAAAUUUUAAUUUUGUGUUAGAAAGGUUUUUUUGUUGUUUAGUCUUGUCUCAGAUUUUAUUAUGUAAAUCCCAUUAUUCAAAGUUGCCUAAAUCCAUUUGGAAAUCUUUAAAAAAAAAAUUGGGGAUUCUUAAAGUGAGUUUAUUGGCUUUUCUGAUCCAGUUUUUGUUUGGACCAAAAACCAGUAUUGUACAAAGUAUUAAGCAUAUAUUUUUAUAUUUACUGAAAUGGACUGUGGUGACUUUGGAUAAUAAGGAAAAGUUUAAUAUUAAAGCCAUGUUUAUUACAGUAUAAUUAACAUGUUAAACCAUGGGAUAAAUGCCAUCAAUAAAAAACUAUGAAAUACAUUUUGUUCUAGUGUUAAAUCCUAGUGGAGGUAUGAGUGUUAGUGGAAGGGAACCUUUUUAUGAAGGUUAACAAUGGUCAGUUAGAAGAAAAAUUCUGAAGAAUACAUUGAAGUGAUUUGGACAACUCCUAAGUGAAGGGGAAGUGUCUGAAGGUAAUCCUGCUUUAUGUCUGGUGCUAGGAAUCACACCUACUUUGCAUAUAAAUUGACAUACCUUUUUAAAAGUUGAAACUAAACACACGCAGCCAUUUCUGUUUGUACCUGUAUCUUCCUUGAUAGGUGACUAGACAAUGUUUUAUUGAUACAGUUCUUGGAGAUGCAUGCCCAAAAUAGCCCACAAAAACUUCAGUAGUCAUUUUGUGGAAUUUUUUGGAUUAUUUUAUCAAUUUUUUAAAACUAGAUUUCUUUCCUGUGGUCCAUAAAAGUGCUCUUGGGACAGCGUUUGAUAAUUGUAUUCUUCAGUUUGUACAUAUGAUUAUUCUGUGGCGACUUUUAUUUUGCUGAACUUUUGGUUAAAUUCAGUACUUUAAAAUGUUUAAGAGCUUUUCUGUGUUUCCAGUGACAUGGUUUCUCUUACUGAAAAUGUCUUAGCCCAUCAUCAAAUGCUGGUUUCGGAGUAGGAAUUUUGUAUUUAUAAUUCUCACCUUAUUAAAUAGUACACAUUUGACAUGAACCUCUUUGGGGGCAGAUGAUGGUGAAUGCUAAAAGAAGUAAACUGGAAACCUGUGGGGUGUUGAUGCUGAGAACUUAAUGCCUAACUAAACUGCAUGUUCGUUCACUCUUAGCCAUUCUUUAGGUCGAUAUGGAUGGGAAUAUUAGGCUUUCUAUUCUGGGAAAGAUUUUUCAUUAAAAAUGUGCUGGAAAUAUUUCAUUUUAUUUAGUAAUUUUUUUUUUAAAGCAAGUAACUGAAAACCAAACUUAGGGUGGCUUAUCUUAUAAAUGAAAUCUCCUGGCCCCCAGAACUGAGAUCGCUAGGGCUAGAGUAUUUGGGACUUAGGUAGGACUUGUCUUUUCAUCUCAACUGCUUGAACUCUUCAGGCUGCACACGGCAGCUAUAGAAAACAUUCGUGGUAGCAGCUCCAUCCUCAAAUCAGUCCCUGCUUAAGCUCAGCAGAGGUAUCUCUUCGUCGGACUGGUGCAGGCUGUAGACCCACUCCCUGUGGCUGUAAUAGCAGCCUUGGGUUCCAUGCUCCAUACACAAAUGAAAGUCAAGCGCUGUUUGUGGAAGAAGGGGAAACGUUAUGGAAAGAAAACAAUAAAAGCCCACUUCUCGUGCUGGAUCAAUGAGGAAUUGUUUUUAACUGAAAAUAAUCUCUGAAGGUAAGAAAGGCAUAUGCAGAAAGAUGGAAUAAUCAGGUAUGUUUAUAUAAUUGGGUUGAUUUACAAGAGGGUCCAUUGUUCUCAAUGUACAUCAACAUGCUUGGUGAGGUGGGCCAAAUAUAUAUCCUGGGACCUGCUCACCAGAGACUGAUGCAUCACUGGGUCCAGGUAGGGCCCAAAAUCAUUACAUGAGCACCUGGAAGACUUCUGAUGCAUGAGGUCCAGGCAUGCCUCUCUCAAGGGGGAGGUUGUUUUUUUUAGUAAUUUACAGUUUGGGGCAUUAAGAAAAAGAGGUACAAUUCAGACAACUGAAAUUAAGUCUUUAGCUAUUUGUUACAAAUUUCUCUUGGAAUUAGGAUUUUAUUGCUUGAAAUAAGUGUUGGACUAAUUUUAGCAAUUUGUAACCAGGCCAUAAACUUCCUGGUUUAGCCUGGGGAAGAACUUAUGUUUUCUUUGUUUCAGUAUGUCAUGUGCUGGGCCUGUUUGGAAACUGACAAAUUUGGUACAGUAAAAUUGAGAAAAAUGGGUGUGCUGGGUCUAGGUACACACACCAGCUAUAUAUACCAUGUCAGAGCUUUCAUUUCCUUGUAAUAUGGGGCAACUUUUAUAAGCUUACCUCAGACAUCCACUGUGGUUUCCAGAAUGUGUAGUAGUAGUUCAUGGCUGAGGUCCUAACAGCACACUGUCUACAGGAUUCAGACCACGCCACAGUUUAACUACAUUUAAGUUUAUCCUUUAUUAUCUUUGUGUUUCUCGAGGAACCUGUGGUGUCUCCUGUUCUAGUUUUGUUUGUAAAGGUCUGAAUAGGGAAUGCUUACAAGACCAGACUAGGAUUAAAUUGCCCAGCUCAGUCUUCUACUAGCUACGAGACUCUGACUUCUGGUUCCUCACGUGUAAUGUGGGUCCUUAGUAUCUUGCACUGUGGUUGGAAUGGUUAACUUUAAGAAACAGACAGGAUUAGUUUAACAUGAAAAGCUUAGUCAUCUACAGCUAACUUCUGAGUGACUUGCUAAAAGAAUAUAUCUCAAAGUGGAUGAUUUUUUUUUGAUAGACCUCUAUUUCUGAAAGCAUUCAUCUCCUGAAGGCAGAGAAUGCUAGAGCAGCUGUAUUUGGAAGCAAGAGAUUCUGGAGCAAACCUCAAAAGAAACAGGCAAAACACAAAAGCAUUGGCGACCAGGUAUUUAUUGAGACAAAGAAUACAAAUUGGUGGCAAAUUAUUAAAAAUAGAAUGUUGCAUUUUCAUUUAUAGGCAGGCCAUCAGAUACUGUUUGUGGAUCAAGCCAUACUAUAAUGAACUGCAAAGAUAUAUGCACACAGCUUGAGAUGAGGAACUUUACCCAGGCAAGCACGUAUUGCAAAGAUUUUGGCCUUUGGUAUGGGGUUGGGGGGGUGGGAAAUGGCAAGUAACUGAAGUAUUUGCCAGAUUUUAGGAAUACUGCUAUUAUUUAGGAAUAUUCUUUAAAAGGAACAACAGCCUGUUUUCAUAGGAAUAAGUGUAGAAUAAAAAAAGUUAAUACAUUCCCAUCAAAAAGCCCUUUAUUCCCAAGUAGUUUACUUUUCAACUCCUGUCUUCCUUUUGCUGGAAAUAGUUUAUGCCUAAGUGAAACGCCCAAACAAGUCACUUAAGGGAAAAAAAAAUCCUUCUUUUAGAGUUAGAACAAUUUUUACUGUCAUUUGAAACAUUAAAGAGUUUUAUAAAUUUAGACAAAGCCCUCAAAUUUAUGUUUUUUCAAUCCUAAAUAUUUGGGAGAAACUAGGUGACUGUUUAGGGAGAAGUCACUUCUGAAGCAGUGCCACACGAGCAGCACCCAGGUGCUGGCUUUCUCUCUAGUCACAGACUCGCUAAAAGCACAGCUUGCUCGCCGCUGCUCCCUGUCACCUAGCUCAGCCCAGCGUGCGUUCAGUAAGUCAGACUUUUCUCAAGGUGCAGGAGCCACUCAGGCUGCACAUUUCGUAACAGGUAGAGUUUCUAGAUGCCUAAAUUAACAGCAUGACCUGUGGUUUUAUAUACGGUAUGUUCACUGAAAUAGUAUUCUCAGCAUGACUCCUAAUUUUUGUUCCCUUCUUAUCUUGUAAAAGUGAUGAAUAAUAUUAAUACUAUAAAGACAACUUUCUUUUUGCCUUUUUAGGCUGUAGAGCGCCAGUAUGAGAAUUCUGUCUUGACACAGAAAAUUCAGCAUUUCUGUAAAUGAAAUAUAAUAAAGUAUACUGAAAAUAGGGAGGCCCCAAGAGAAAAACAUGUGGCUCCCCCUUCUUCCCCAUUUUGUCAUUUUUUCCCCCCAACUUGGGAAUCAAAAAUCUCCCUAAGUGCUGAAUUCAUAAACAGACUUGGAUUUUGUUGUACAGGCAGACAAAGUAACACUUUUUACUUGAUAGGGCUACAUAGUGUAACUUGAAUCCUGAGAAAUGCAUCUAAAGUAUAAAACAAACUGGACUACAUAUUUCCUUUUGUUUUACUGUAUAAAAAUAGCCUAAGUGGUGAACCAUCGAGGAAAUUAUACAUUAAAGAUGUAUUCCAGAGCUACAUGUCAGAAGGGUACGUUUCAACUCCAAUUCCCAAUCAGGGGCAAAGGGGGUGUAUACACUGAUGCUAAUGUAUACACUACAAAUUGGUAAGUUUAUGUAACAUUUCCUAAUAAUUUCUCCUCUAAUUUAAGAAGUUAGCGGAUGGUUUGGGUUUGUUUACUGUGAA